AUGUCAGGCACCCCGGCCCCCAUCACAUCACCAGAAGUAAAGUAUGCCAAGAUUUUCAUCAACAAUGAAUUUGUGAAUGCAGAAAGCGGGAAAACAUUUCAAACGAUAAAUCCAUCAACAGGGGAGGUAAUUUGUGAAGUCGCUGAAGGAGAUGCAGCCGAUGUAAAUAAAGCUGUGAAAGCAGCCAAUCAAGCUUUUAGAUUAGGGUCGCCAUGGAGACGAUUGGAUGCCUCAGAACGCGGAAAUCUUCUAUACAGAUUAGCAGAUUUGAUAGAGCGAGACAGAGGCUAUUUAGCAUCUCUAGAAACACUGGAUAAUGGCAAACCCUAUAAUGUGGCUUUAGCAGCAGAUUUAGGACUGGUUGUCAAGUGCUACAGAUACUAUGCCGGUUGGGCCAACAAAAACCAUGGAAAAACAAUUCCGAUAGAUGGUGAUUUUUUUGCAUACACCCGUCAUGAACCAGUUGGUGUUUGUGGACAGAUUAUUCCAUGGAAUUUUCCAUUAUUGAUGCAAGCUUGGAAGUUGGGACCUGCUCUGGCCAUGGGAAACACUGUUGUCAUGAAAACUGCCGAACAGACGCCUCUUACUGCCUUACAUGUUGCUCAUUUAGCCAUUGAGGCUGGCUUCCCACCUGGUGUAAUUAAUGUUAUCUCAGGAUACGGACCAACUGCUGGAGCUGCCAUCGCUAGACAUAAUGAUGUAGAUAAAGUGGCUUUCACUGGAUCCACAGAGGUUGGUCAGAUUGUAGCAAAAUCAGCAGCAGACUCGAAUUUAAAAAGAGUGACCUUAGAAUUAGGAGGAAAGAGUCCCAAUAUUGUCAUGGCAGACGCAGACCUUGACUAUGCCAUAGAACAGUCCCAUUUUGGAUUAUUUUUCAACCAAGGCCAAUGUUGUUGUGCAGGAAGUAGAGUUUACGUAGAAGAGAAGAUAUAUGAUGAGUUUGUUGAAAAAAGCACCGAAAGAGCCAAGAAACGAACUGUUGGAGAUCCUUUUACUAAUGUUGAACAAGGACCUCAGGUUGAUAAAGAACAGUUUGAUAAAGUGAUGAAGUAUAUCAAUAUAGGACAGAAGGAAGGAGCCAAGAUGACAACUGGAGGAAAACGUGUGGGUGAUAAGGGAUAUUUUAUUGAACCAACCAUAUUUAAAGAUGUAGGAGAAAACAUGAAGAUUCAACAAGAAGAGAUUUUUGGACCAGUUAUGAGUAUUGCCAAAUUUAAAAACCUUGAUGAAGUCAUUGAAAAGUCCCACAACACAAUUUAUGGUUUGGCUGCUUCUGUCUUUACCAAAGAUUUAGACAAAGCUUUGUACCUGUCCAACAGUCUACGUGCUGGCACAGUUUGGGUGAACUGUUAUGAUGUGUUAGAUGCCAGUGUUCCAUUCGGUGGAUACAGAAUGUCUGGAAAUGGAAGAGAACUUGGUGAAUACGGUUUAGAUAACUAUACUGAAGUGAAAACAGUCACAAUCAAAAUACCACAGAAGAAUUCUUAG